AAUUAAUCUAAUCUUAAGCUUUCCACCACCUUGGUUUUUUUCCUGCCUUUAACUCUCAAUUUUCUUGCCUUCUGUUUGGUUUCUUUCUUUUGUCUCAUUACUGUUGUUCCCCAUUAGUUUAUUGCCACGUAAACAACAAAUAAAUAAAUCUAAAAAUCUGUCAAUAUCUGAGGUUGUCACCUAGUACAGACCAGCUUGUGCUUCGCUAGAUUUCUGCUCUGUUCUUAAUGCUCCUACUGCUCUCUAUUUUAAAUUUAAAUCUCAUUUUAGCAUUUUCUGAAAAGUUGUUCACCAGAUUUGCCUCUCUCUCUGCGGUUUCACAUCUGGGUCAAUCUACAUUGGAGCUUGCCUGAUCUUUUUAAAGGUGCUGUCUUUUUCAUUCUUUGUUUAGUUUUCCUCAUGGGUUUCUGUGUCAGUUCUGAUUUUCGGUGAAUUAUUACAAGUUCAUUAUGUUGCUUUUCAGAAGUCUAGAUUUUAUGUUGUAAAAUCCUAGUUGAUAAUUUGAGGUUCUUGAAUUUUUUUUGCUGUAACAUAAGAUUUCGUUUCCUUCAUUGGGUUGGCUUCUGGGUUUUUGAUUCCCGUUGUGUUUGAUUAGUAGUGGUUCCUCUAUUGCUCUGCCUUUGUAAGAACCCUAAGUUCUGGUUGAGUUCAAACAGGAUCUAGCUUUUUUUCUUCCUUAACAAAUUUCUCGGAUUCUGUAAUGAUGACUGUUAAGGGAUUAAGUGUUUUUGUUUGUGUUUUAUCAAUCUUGAACUCGGCGAGUUUGUGUUGUGGAUUUGAUCCAGUAGACAAUUAUCUUAUAGACUGUGGAUCCAGCAUCGAUACUAAAGUGGGGAAUCGUGUUUUCUUGGCUGAUAACUCUAACUCAAACUCCAUUUCAACCCCAAAAAACAUUUUUGCCAAAGCUUCAACAUCUGUCACUUCAUCUGAUUCUUCUUUGCUGUAUCAAACUGCAAGAAUCCUUGAUGGAACCUCAAAAUACACAUUUUCGAUUCGGCAACCUGGUAGACAUUGGAUUCGCCUUUAUUUCUAUCCAUUUAUUCAUGAUAGUUACAAAAUGAACCGGGCAAUUUUUCAUGUUUCUACCCAAGACCAUGUCCUUUUGAGCAAUUUCAAUGUGAACUCUACUGUUGUUAAAGAAUUUUCUCUUAAUGUAACUUCAAGUAGUCUUGAGAUUAUUUUCACCCCCUCGAACAAUACGUUUGCAUUCUUGAAUGCCUUGGAAGUUGUUUCUGUCCCUGAUGCACUCAUUACAGAUGAUGCCAGUACUUUUAAUCCAUUGGGAAAAUUCCAAGGGAUGUUUUCACAGGCAUUGGAGACUGUUUAUAGGGUGAACAUGGGUGGACCAACAAUUCUCCCUGAAACUGAUACCCUCGGCCUUGCGCGAACUUGGGUUCCUGAUCAAGGUUUUCUCAUCAACAAGAAUUUUGCGACAAAUGUAUCAAACAUUGCUGCUGUCAAGUAUGUAGAAGGUGGAGCAACGCCAGAAAUUGCUCCUAAUGUUGUUUAUGGUACUGCCACUAUGAUGAACUCAGGAGAUAAUCCCACAAGCAAUUUUAAUGUGACCUGGCAGUUCAAUGUUGAUCCUGGAUUUCAGUAUCUUGUUCGGUUUCACUUCUGUGAUAUAGUAAGUAAAGCUCUUGAUGAGCUCUACUUCGAGGUUUAUAUCGACUCUUGGAUUGUUGCUAAGGAUCUUGAUCUUAGUGUUAUAUCAUCAAACACUUUGGCAGCUGCACUUUAUAUGGAUUUUGUCACAGCAUCAAAAGUCAGCAGUAAGCUUCUUGUGAGUAUUGGUCCAAGCUCCAUUCCUAAUGUUCUACCCAAUGCCAUUCUAAAUGGGCUGGAGAUAAUGAAAAUGAACAAUUCCCUUGGCAGCCUCAGCGGGUCAGCAACUUUGCUUUCUGAUUCAAAUUCGAAGAAGAACGUUGGCAUGAUAGUGGGCUUAAUCGUUGGGGCAGUUAUUGUUGUGGUGGCUGUAAUUAUUUUUAUGCUGUGCAGAAAAAGGAAAAAGUUGGCAUGUCAACGCCUUUCAAAGACGUGGAUUCCUCUAUCUAUCAGUGGGGAAAAUUCUCAUACUGUGGGUAGUAAGUAUUCUAAUGGAACAACUGCUAGUGUUAAUUCUAAUCUGGGAUAUUACAUUCCCUUUGUGGCAGUUCAAGAAGCCACAAACAACUUUGAUGAGAGUUGGGUUAUUGGUAUUGGUGGUUUCGGGAAGGUGUACAAGGGAGUUUUAAACGACGGUACCAAAGUGGCUGUUAAAAGGGGAAAUCCACGCUCCCAACAGGGACUUGCAGAGUUCCAGACUGAAAUCCAGAUGCUAUCCCAGUUCCGACAUCGCCAUCUAGUUUCAUUAAUUGGUUACUGUGAUGAAAAAAAUGAGAUGAUCUUAGUAUAUGAAUACAUGGAGAAUGGGACUCUCAAGGGCCAUCUCUACGGCGCAGGUCAUCCAAGCUUGAGUUGGAAGGAAAGGCUUGAGAUAUGUAUUGGAGCAGCUAGAGGACUACAUUAUCUUCACACGGGCUAUGCUAAAGCGGUCAUUCAUCGCGAUGUGAAGUCUGCAAAUAUCUUGCUUGAUGAGAAUCUCAUGGCCAAAGUUGCUGAUUUUGGGCUCUCAAAAACAGGACCUGAAAUAGAUCAGACCCAUGUGAGUACAGCAGUGAAGGGGAGUUUUGGGUACCUUGAUCCUGAAUAUUUCAGAAGGCAACAACUGACAGAAAAAUCAGAUGUGUAUUCAUUUGGGGUGGUUUUGUUUGAAGUUCUUUGUGCAAGACCUGUUAUAGAUCCAACCCUUCCAAGGGAAAUGGUGAACUUGGCAGAAUGGGCAAUGAAGUGGCAGAAAAAAGGACAGUUGGAGCAAAUAAUAGAUCCUACACUUGUCAGAAAAAUAAGACCGGAUUCACUUAGGAAGUUUGGCGAAACUGCUGAGAAAUGCUUAGCAGACUUCGGCGUUGACAGACCGUCUAUGGGAGAUGUCUUAUGGAAUCUUGAGUACGCUCUUCAACUUCAAGAAGUAUCUGUUCCUGGUGAUCCUGAAGAAAACAGUACUAAUAUGAUUGGUGAACUCUCUCCUCAAAUCAACAAUUUCAGCAAUGUUGAUAAUAGUGUUUCGGCUUCCCAAUUUGAAACAUCAAGUGUGGAUGAUCUCUCUGGGGUGUCAAUGAGUAAGGUAUUCUCACAGCUAGUGAAGUCUGAGGGUAGAUAACUUUGUUGAAUAUGAUAUAUUUCAUCGGUUUAGCUCGUUCUUUGAUAUCAUUACUUACUACACAAGAGUAGAUAGAGGAAUUUCUCUUUAUUUUGUAAGAUAGAACCCUUCUUCUCUGAUUAGUUUACAGCAUGGCUUGUCCUGUUAGUGUUUCGACAAAACAACAACAAAGUGCUCCAUGCGCUAUGGGUAGUUUCUGCAUAUUGAGUACACUCUUUUGUAAGGCAAGGGUGAUGAUGCUUCGGGCGAGUUUUAGGGAAUUGAUAAGAAUGUCGUUUUUCUUACAUAGCUUGUUUUGUGUCUACUUAUAAGUAACUUGUUGUAACUGCACUUAUUUUUUGUGUGCAAAAUGUUUAUAUCU